UCCUCACAAUGCAGUCGAGCCGACUCCCGGAGAUGUGUGUGAUGACGAGCGUGGUUUUACUGCUAGCCACCCUGCAUGCCGAGGCGGCGGCGCGACCACUGCUGCUGGGUGUGUUCGCGAACCGGCCUCAGGAGACGACGUCGGAGUCCUCGUCGAAGCCGCCCCCGCCGCCCCCGCUGCCCAGCACGGACGAGGAGGCCGCGGUGGGCGGCUGCCCCUGUCCUGCCACGCUGCAGUACGACCCCGUCUGCGGCACAGACAACCAGACCUACAACAGCCUCCAGCUGCUGCUCUGCGCCCAGCGCUGCGGACGCGGUGAGCUGCUCAGCCUCACUUCACUUGCUCACUUAGUUGGCAGAAGUACAAUCUUCAAAAUUCUCUGGGUAGCAGGGGUAAAAUACUGA